CCGCCGGGCCGGGCCGCGCCGCGCCGCGCCGCGCCGGUGGGGCGCGGGCCCCGCGGCAGCGGCCCCGCCGUGUUCCCGGUGAGGUUGAGGGACUCUUUGGCGUAGACCCUAAAAGUGAAAGCAGAGUCAGCCAUAAUGACUUGCUGCCCACGAUAAAGGCUUAUAGAGUGCUGCUUUUCCGGAUACAACCACAUCUGUGCCCUGAAGAAGUACAGUCCACUUCUCUUACAGUGCUUUGUGAGCAAGCCUAACUGUUCCUGAAACAAACACACUUAAGGACCUCCUUCUGGAUGACCAAUGUGUAUUUUAACUGAUUAUAUUGGAAACUAAGUCUCCAACUUCUCAUUCAUUCCAGCUGGUAGCAACGUUUAUAAUGCAAAAAAAUCACAAUUCAGGAUCACACAAACAUUACUCUUAAAACUUCCUAGAUGAUUGUAGUUGCUUUGGUUGUGUUCUAUGCUAGCAGAAGCCUUUUUCAAGGUUUGCUGUUGACUCUAGAGCACCACGUUCCCUGUUUACUGGGAGCCUUGGGGGCUAGCAAUAUGGGAAACUCGUGUGUUUGCCGCGAUGACAGUGGAGCAGAAGACAACGUGGAAUCUCAGAGUCGGCAAACGGAGAACAGUAGAUCACGCAUACCUGAAGCAAGGAGCCACCCAAGGGACCCUGUCCGUCCACCCAGGAGGGGUCGAGGGCCUCAUGAACCAAGAAGGAAAAAACAGAAUGUGGAUGGGCUAGUACUUGACACACUGGCUGUAAUUCGGACGUUAGUAGAUAAUGACCAGGAGCCUCCUUAUUCAAUGAUCACGUUGCAUGAAAUGGCAGAAACAGAUGAAGGCUGGUUGGAAGUUGUUCAAUCUUUAAUUAGAGUUAUCCCAUUAGAAGAUCCCCUGGGACCAGCUGUUAUAACGCUACUACUUGAUGAAUGUCCGCUGCCAACAAAAGAUGCAUUACAAAAGUUAACUGAAAUACUAAAUUUAAGUGGAGCUGCUGCUUGCCAGGAUGCUUGUCACCCUGCCAAACACCGGAAUACAACUGCAGUAUUGGGAUGCUUAGCAGAGAAGUUAGCAGGUCCUGCGAGUAUAGGCUUACUCAGCCCAGGCAUAUUGGAAUAUUUACUUCACAGCUUGAACUUCCAGUCCCAUCCGACAGUGAUGCUUUUUGCACUAAUAGCACUGGAGAAGUUUGCACAAACAAGUGAAAAUAAAAUUACAGUUUCUGAAUCAUGCAUUAGUGACCAACUGAUCUUGCUAGAGAAAUGGACAGAUAAUCCAGACUACUUAAAACGCCAGGUUGGAUUCUGUGCCCAGUGGAGUUUAGACAAUCUGUUUUUAAAAGAAGGCAGGCAGUUUACAUAUGAGAAGGUUGACUUGACCAACAUUAGGGCUAUGCUGAACAGUAAUGAUGUCAGUGAAUACCUGAAGAUCUCGCCGCAUGGGUUGGAGGCUCGAUGUGAUGCUUCAUCCUUUGAAAGCGUUAGAUGUACGUUCUGUGUCGAUUCUGGAGUUUGGUACUAUGAAGUUACAGUCAUUACUUCUGGAGUGAUGCAGAUAGGAUGGGCUACCAAAGACAGCAAAUUUCUCAAUCAUGAAGGUUAUGGCAUCGGGGACGAUGAAUACUCCUGUGCAUAUGAUGGCUGCCGGCAGCUGAUCUGGUAUAAUGCCAGAAGUAAACCACAUUCCCAUCCCUGUUGGAAAGAAGGAGACACAAUAGGAUUUCUACUAGACUUGCAAGAAAAGCAAAUGAUCUUCUAUUUAAAUGGAAACCAGCUUCCUGCUGAGAAGCAAGUAUUUUCAUCUGCUGUAUCUGGCUUUUUUGCUGCAGCUAGUUUCAUGUCCUAUCAACAAUGUGAGUUCAACUUUGGGGCAAAACCUUUCAAGUACUCACCAUCAAUGAAGUUUAGUACUUUUAAUGAUUAUGCCUUUCUGACAGCAGAAGAGAAAAUCAUUUUGCCCAGACACAGGCGCCUGGCUUUGUUGAAGCAAGUGAGUAUCCGAGAGAACUGCUGCACGCUUUGCUGUGAUGAGGUAGCAGACACAGAACUCAGGCCAUGUGGACACAGUGACCUGUGCAUGGAGUGUGCCUUGCAACUGGAGACCUGCCCUUUGUGUCGACAGGAAAUACAAACCCGAGUCAGACAGAUAUCUCACAUUUCAUGACACACGUGGAGAAAUACCACAGACUGGUUUUUAAUGAACUCCAACCAGUACUGAGAGGGGAAAGCAUCUCUAACCAAUUUUUACGCACAUAGAACCAUAGCCACAGCCAGAUUUCAUGCAAAACUGUAAUCUGUUUAUCUUAAAAAUGAAAUCUUUAAUAAGCUAUUUCAAGUUGCCAGCAGUGGGGGACUGGUGUCAACAGUUAAGGAGAGCUGGUAGGUCAGCGUGCUAUGGCUAUUGGUUCCUCCAAGCAAGACCGUAGGAGAGCGUCUCUCUUCCUCCCCCUUCUCGCCUGUCACAAGUGCUGAAAAAAUUUGCACUGGAAGUACACGUACAAUGCAUUUUAGGAAAGAAGAGAAAAGAAAUAUCUCCUAAAACAGGGCUGUUCUGUCUUGUGCUCGAAAGUCUCUAUUUUUGGCAGAAGUCAGUACUAAAAAGAGAAUGCCAAUGUUUUCCUGUUUAAUGUAGCCUCCUGCUGGUCAGAGACUGUAUUUUCCGACAGUGGUUAUUAAACUGCUCAAAGACUUAAUCUGUACACAGACUGAUUUGAAAAGACGGUGUGGAGACUGUAGAGAAACUCACAUGUUUUAAUAACUUGGUGAUUCCAAAGAAUGUUCUGAUUUUGUUUUUAAACGUUAAAAGAUCGGUGGUAUUUUCAAGUACAUAAUGUUUCUGAUGCUUUUAACUUCAGUACCCACAUUUUUUUGUGAGGAUAUAAUUUUCAGGAGGUAUUCUUAACUAAUUAUAACGCUGGACUGGAAUUAAUUUGAUAUUCUGGGUAUUUUUUAAGGUAUCAUUGAACAUCUUUUUUAAUCAGUGUUGUUUUUGAAGGUUAUUCACUUUGGAAAUACUGAGCUGUCUUAAAAGAUUGGAGAAUUAUUUGGGGCCAGUUUAUUUAAAAAAGAAAAAAAGUUAUUUCGAUAGCAAGUUCAGUCUUAUUCUGUAGCUCUUUGAAAAUGCACCUCGCUUGCCACGUGUCAGUCCUGCUCUGAGCAGGUUUGGGGCCACACUUGAUAUUUUUGGUAGGGAUCAUACAGUGGGAAUCUCUGCUCCACUUUACACGUUUGUGACAUUUGUAUGUUAAGGAUACAUUUCAGCAGGCAGCUUUUGACCGUUUUACUAGGUUUCUACAAGGAAUCAGGGUUCACAGCUGGUGUCAGUGAAGCAGCACAAAAAUCCGUGGAGUUAUGCUUAUUUUGCACCAACUGAGGAUAUGACUAGGUCUCUUCCAAGACUUGGACAGGUCGCUUUUUUAAAUUAUCUGGCUAUAUAGUAGAACUUCACUAAUUCACACGCAACUUAGACCAAAACCAUCCCACUUCUUGGCCGUGAUUCAACAGCAGAGGCUGUUGUAGUUAAUUCUCAUGCUGUGAUGUAUCUUAUUUUUAAAAUCGUUUAUUAUCUUUAUUGUGCUAUCAAAUAUUAGCACAGCAGAGCUUCUUCCUGCUGAGUACUCUUGCUUCCUACUCACCUAAACAGGAGCUGAGAGCUCUGCACACAGGUCCCAGAAUCAAGCUCCCUAACAGUUCCUUUCACCUUCUGCCUUUGAUAACUGAAUUUGGUGCUGAAUUUCAUCCAGAGAUAGAUAUUAAAAAAAAAAAAAAAAAAAAAAUAGUGUCUCCAUUGACACUCUGGAGUAUAAUGUGUGAAUUAGGAAAGUUCUGUCCAUCAUUUUCUUGUUGACUUUUUUCCAGCUAUAGACUGAAUCCAUAAACAGAGUGCUGGUUAGUCUUUUUGCUAAAAUUUGAAUUCUCUUCCACCUUGGAUGCCUCUUGAUUAAAGUCAGACUGGCAAAUCUGUGCCACGGAGCCCUCAUUUUCCUCACUGACUGUCCUUUAUGAUGUUUUGCUGUAAUCCACGUUGCCAGUCAGGGCUGAGUCCCUUCCUGCUCAGUGCUGAAUGAGCAAAGGUGAACACCAUCACUGCCACAAGGAUCUUAGAAUUUCAGGAUCACUUGAAAUGAAGUUUUAAAUGCUUCCAAAUGCAAUGAUAGGUUUUUAUCCCUAAGGUACCAAGAUACAAACCGUACUUCAGGGAAGAGGUGGGACAGAACCAUUUUGAACUCUGCCUUAAUAGAUUCUAGUAACUUCAGGGCUUUGGUUUCCCUGGUCAGAAUUAACUGAGGCAAAAUUUUUUGGAAGAGCCUUGCUGCCUUUGUGGACACGGGACUAAGUGCCUGCGUUCUUAGUUGAAAAGAUACGAAUGCUUUGGAAAAUUUUGCCCCAGACAGUCUUCCAUGCAGCUGGUGCUGGGCAGAGGAAGCCAGCGGCGCCGGAGGAGGGGGAGCUGUGUUGCAGAGAACUGUCCUGUUCAUUUCACAAAGGGAAAGACUGUACACUUUGACUGGCUUUCUGAUGGAAUCCAUGCUGGGGGUGGAUUGCUCUUGGUAAAAGCUUGAUCCUCCACGCCUGUGCAGUGUUCCCCUCGGGCCCCGCGUGCCCCAAAGGCUCUGGGGCCAGGGAGGGGAGGCGGUGGCUCCACCGGCCCUCGGAAGAGUAAAUGAAUUGUAGCAAAGUUGUCCAUUCAACAAUAAAAACGUCUUGAAGGCUA